AUGGAUAAACUCAAACUGUUAGUUAUCGGAAAAUCUACAAAACUACAUUGUUUCAAAGGCAUUCGACAAGAAAACCUUGGUGUCAAAUAUGCUGCUAUCGAUGGUGCCAAAUGCCAUUCAAACUGUGAACUUACUAAUAUCAACCUUCGUUUUUUACCACCCAAUACAACACCUUAUUUACAACCAUAUGAUGCUGGAUUAAUACACUCAUUUAAAGCUUAUUAUCGUAAAUUGUAUCUUUUAAAUAUUAUCGAUGCUAUUAAUAGUAAUAAAGAAAUAAGUCACAUUAACCUUUUGCAAGCAAUCAGGUAA